AGCCACAGCGGUCGAAAAGGCUUUUAGCGGUCCCUGGACGAACCGGAAUUCUAAAAAGCGGCGGACUGGCAGAGGCGCCGCCAUGGCCCCGAUUUGCGCAAGGUAGGGUUUAUGACAAAUACUGUCGAUUUCAAUUUUCAAGGGUCUUCAUGGCAAUAGAGGAGGCGGGCUUUGAAACCCCAAAGCCAUUGGGUGCUGCAACUCCUUUCCCUCCUCGCCGUAGAUUUCUCAAGAGCGAGACUUUCCGUACUCUGGUUCAAAUCUUUUCCAUUUGCCACAAUGAACCACAACGUUUUCACGCCAAUGGAAUUGCUCCAGACCAGACGGAACAAGGCGAUGGGAGUGAGGAAUCAGCGAAAGAAAUUGGAGCUGAAGUGUGUGAUAAAUUGGUUGGUCUUGAUAGUACCAAGUCCGAGAAUUCAUUGGUGCAGGACACAGUAGUUGAUGGGAAUAUUAGUCAAGCAUUCUUGGCACGUGAAGAUGAGCCUAAACAUAUACUGAACGUAAAGGGAAAUGAGGAACUGGCUCAUGGCGAUUGCACUAUUCCCUCUAUCUCAUCACCAGACAAUGGCCAGAUUGUUGAUGAUGUUCCAUCAAUUAUUAAUCAUAAUGAUCAUGCUGAGUUCCAACAACAUGCGAAUGCAGAACAACUAUGUGUAGAUAAUGAACAACAAAGUUGCGAUGUUUCUGAGGUUUUCGAGUCAUCUGUAGAUAAAGAUAUUAUCACUAGAGUUUAUGAACUAGGUGAGACUGACCAAGGCAAAAAUUCUUCCUUCAGGGAGAACAGAACAGAGGAAGCAGUGCAUGACGUGCAGCAGACAGUUGUGGAAAUUGAGAAAUCAGUAUGUACUGGUGCCACAAUAGGUUCGGCUCAUUGUCUGACUACAGAUGGAGAGAUUGAAGUGGGAGAACUUUCUCAGGCUUAUGGCCUAUUGAUUGAUAUGUUUAAUGGUGAUGACGUUCCAUCAAUGAUUAAUCAUAAUAGUCAUGCUGAUUUCCAACAACAUACGAAUGCAGAACAGCUACAUGUAGAUAAUGAACACAAAAGUUGCAAGGUUUCUGAGAUUUUUGAGUCAUCUGUAGAUGAAGAUAUUAUCAAUAGAGUUUCUAAACAAGGUGAGGCUGACCAAGCCAAAAGUUCUUCCUUCAGGUGGAACACAAAAGAGGAAGCAAAGCAUGACGUGCAGCAGACAAUUAUGGAGAUUGAGAAAUCAGUUUUUACUGAUGCCACAAUAUGUUCUAGUCAUUAUCCGACUACAGAUGGAGAGAUUAGAGAGAGAGAACUUUCUCAGGAUUAUGGCCUUUUGAUUGAUAUGAUUAAUGGUGAUGAUGUUCCAUCAAUGAUUAAUCAUAAUAACCAUGCUGAUUUCCAACAACAUGCGAAUGCGAGACAGCUACAUGUAGAUAAUGAUCACGAAAGUUGCAAUGUUUCUUCUGAGGUUUUUGAGUCAUCUGUAGAUAAAGAUAUUAUCACCAGAGUUUCUAAACUAGAUGAGACUAACCAAGGCAAAAGUUAUCCCUUCAGGUGGAACACAACAGAGGAAGCAGAACAUGGCAUGCAGGGAACAGUUAUGGAAAUGGAGAAAUCGGUUUGUACUGGUGCUGCAAUAGGUUCUGGUCAUUGUCCAACUACAGAUGGAGAGAUUGAAGAGAGAGAACUUUCUCAGGAUUAUGGUCUACCGAUUGAUAUGUUCAAUGGUGAUGAUAUUCCAUCAAUGGCCAAUCAUAAUGAUCAUGCUGAUUUCCAACAACAUGCGGAUGCAGGAAAACUGUGUGUGGAUAAUGAACACCAAAAUUGCAAGGUUUCUGAAGUUUUUGGGUCAUCUGUAGACAAAGAUAUUAUCACUAGAGCUUCUAAACUAGGUGAGACUGACCAAGGCAAAAGUUCUCCAGUUAGGUGGAACACAACAGAGGAAGCAGAGCAUGACAUGCAGCAAACAGUUAUGGAAAUUGAGAAAUCAGUUUGUACUGGUGCGACAAUAGGUUCUGGUCGUUGCCCAACUGUAGAUGGAGAGAUUGAAGAGGGAGAACUUUCUCAGGAUUAUUGCCCAUUGAUUGAUGUGUUUCCUGGUGAUGCAGUAGCAUUAGGGGAGAAGGUUGAGGAUGAGCUAAUUUCUGAUGAUGUAAUAAUUGAAGGAGAUUGUGCCGGUAUUGAACGAAAUGGAGCUAAUGAGAUACAUAAUGAAUCCACCCCCUAUUUUGAUACCAACCAGGACAAAAGUUCUUCCUUGAGCAACACAACAGAUGAAGCAGACAAUGACACACGAAAGAAAGUUAUGGAAGUAGAGACAUCAGGUGCCACAAAAGGUUAUGGUCAUUAUCUUACUGCAGAUGGAGAUAUUGAAGAGGGUGAGCUUUCUGAGAGUCUUGGCCUAUCAAUUGAAUUUUUUCUUGAAGAUACUGUUGCAUUAGGGGAGAUAUCUGGGGAGGAACAAAUUUCUAAAAACAUAAUGAAUAAUGAAGACUGUUCUGGUAGCAAUUUAAAAGGAGCUAAGGUAGUAGACAAUGAAUCUGCUUCCCAUUUUAGCACCAUAAAGAGUGGUAUUACCGAGGAACUCAAACAAAGCAAUAGAAGCAAGAUGGAGUAUGAACAUCACUCAGCUGUUCAUGAAGAAACUCCGAUGGCUAAAAGGGAAGGAAAGGCUGGAAGAUAUAGAAAGCAAGACAGUGCUGUUGAGAGGGACUUUGACUGUCUAUCAGCUAGGCCAGGUAAUCUAGUGCUGCAUGGCGAGAUGUCAAGAGAUUAUACAACUGACAAUCAUGGAAUUGCAUCUACUAAAAAGGACGCUGGUAGCAAUAAGAGAAAGCGGGGCACUUCUCAGAAAAGCAAAGAAAAGAAAAAGCGGGCAAAAAGAAUGAAAAGGGCAGAAAAGAACAAACAGCUUGGAGUUAGAAGACUGAAGCUGCCUAUGAUUUUGAAACCAAAGACUGAAACAUACUGCCAUCAUUAUCUCAAGGGAAGAUGCCACAAGGGUGAUGAGUGCAAGUUUUCACAUGAUACAGUUCCCUUAACAAAGUCCUCGCCAUGCUGUCAUUUUGCACGUCAGGCAUGCAUGAAAGGGGAUGUUUGCCCUUUUGAUCACCAGCUCUCCAAAUAUCCAUGUAACAAUUAUGUCUCGAAUGGUUUUUGCAACAGAGGUGAUAAGUGUCUGUUUUCACACAAGAUACCAUUCCAGGAAGGUUUCCCAACUGCUUCAAAUUUCUCCAAAUCCGAUGUGAAGUCAUCCCCAUUGGGUAAUUCAAAUUCUAAAAAGCAGCUGAAUGCUAAUGGUUCCUCAUAUCAGAAUGUCAAUGCUUACUCCAGUGGAAUUUUCCCCCAGAAGAACGGGGAACAGAAUGUGGCAGAAAGGGUCCUAAAAUUGCCUGGGCAGACGCCUGAAGGAAAAAAAUCUCUCACAUUUGGGAAACCACCAUCAGGUUAUUCCUGUAAGAUGAAAGAAGCUGGUGCAUCUCCGAAGAGGGAUGAUGGUCUCACAGUUGGCAAUCAGACAAACAAAAGUGCAUCAGAAAUAUUUCUUGACUUGAUUCCAAAGGGAGCUUCUCCUGCUGUGGCACCAAAGGGAAUCAACUUUCUAUCGUUUGGAAAAGCUUCACUGAUGAAUUCUUGUAAGAUGCAACCGAGCAAGCCUCCACAAAAAGGCAAAGGUAUUGAACCAUCACCAGCAGAUGAUUCUAGUAAAUGUAAAAAAGGUGACUUGUCUGUAAGGAGGGGAGAUAGUGCCGAAGUUGGCUAUCAGGCCAACCGAGGUGAGUUGGACUUGGUUCAGAGCUUGAAAGGUAGUACAAAUAGAGCUACCAGUUUAGCAAUACCGCCGGGAAUAAGCUUUCCUUCAUUUGGCAAAGCUCCAUUGGAUGAUUCCAGUUGCAAGAAACAAGCUAGCUUGCCUUCCAUAAUGGAUGGUAAAAUUGGAACUUCCAUUCAAAACACACUAAAUGCAUCUGAUGAACCUCACAUCCCAAGCGAAAUGCCAUUGAGGCUGGCAGCUUCUCCACUGAUAUCUGGAAACUCUUCAGGUCUGUCGGCAGAUUGGCAUAAUAAAAGCAAAUCAAGCUUAUCUCAAAAGGCCCUCUUGACGACAUUGGCAUUUGCAGCAAAGUAUGAAUCUGAAGUUAAGAUGGAUCAGUCCAUUCAUGCCCCGGCUGUCAGUACUGAGGUCAACAAGGAAUCUGGAGACAGUAGCAUCAGUGGAAGUUCUCAAAAUGGAUCAAUGAAGGCUUCAAAAAUAUUGGAUUUCUUAUAUGGCAUCAGAAGCAAAACCAAGAAGUAGCACCUCGGCGUCUUGCUGCAUGUCUGCCAACUGCAAAACGAUAUAUCAGUUCCAUUAUUUAUUUCCAGCAGCAAUGAGCCGGGUGGGUUUGCUCCUGUAUCUUGUCCAUCUAUUUUAUACACGUGGAAAGGAAAUUCUAACAAUUGUGUCUACUUUUUGUUUAUUAAAAUCUCUUUAUCUAUUGUAUAUGCAGGCCAUCAAACAUACAUGAUGCAUGUGUAAGAUGUUUUUAUUUGAUUUAUCAACAAAAGUAAUUAAUUCUUUAUUUUUAAAA